AGCCAAAAUGCUUAGAAAAUGAUCCAGAGUGAUAUUCAAAAUCUGGUUUCUUCAGAGGAAAUAAUUAAAGAGCUGUGCACCAGUAACGGGCUGUGUUACGAGAGAGUCGAGCAUGAAGGAGCGGAAACAAAAAGCCUGGAGAUGUUUUUCUCGGGCUACCCCAGGAUUGUAGGCCUGUUGUUUUUCCCUAAUUUGACGAGACUGACUCUUGUCAGGCAAAACAUCCAGAACAUUUCUAACCUGGAGAACUGUCCGUUACUUAGAGAGCUUUGGGUGGCCGAAUGUUGCUUGACGAAAAUCGAAGGUCUGAAACAGUGUGUUCGUUUGCAAAAGCUCUACCUCUACUGCAAUAGGAUUUCAACAAUUGAGAAUCUGGAAAGUCUGACCGAGUUGAAGGUUGUUUGGCUGAAUGGGAACCAGAUUAAAGACAUCGAGGGGCUCUCUGCUCUGCAGAAGUUGAAUGAACUCAAUCUUGCAGGGAACUCCAUUAGCAAAAUUGGACAUCGCUUGGAUCCCAACAGACAAAUAGAAAAAUUAAACCUGUCUGCUAACAGAAUAUGCUCCUUCAAGGAAAUUACCAAUUUGGCAAGACUAUCUAAUUUGAAAGAUCUGUGUCUGAAUGACCCUCAGCAGGAGCCCAACCCGGUUUGUCAUCUCUGCAAUUACGCGACGCACGUCCUGUAUCAUAUCCCUCAGCUUCAAAGGCUCGACACCUACGACGUUGCUUCGAAACAGAUAAAAGAACUGGCCGAGACCACCGUGAUGAAAAAGGCGAUGUACUACAACAUGCGCGUCAAGAGUGCUCAGAGACAGCUGGAGGAGGAGCUCGAAAAGCUCAGAGAAAGGAAGUGCAAGAUGCAGAAGCUGCCCGAAGAACGGGUCAAGCAUUUCCACUGCCACAUCAAACACCUGGAACGUGACUUGGCCGACCUGCAGACCUCCAGCAAACAACAGAAGCCCGUAUCCCAGAGCUUCGACGGGGAAAAGUCAAGCAGGGAUGGCGAAAGCUCCGAUGAGGCCGCCGAGGAAUUCAGUCUGGAGCGGCAGUUCCUGCACAAAUUAGACUGCCUCAAAAAAAGAAUCGCCUUCUGGAACAAAAAACUAGAGGAAGUUGAAGCGAUUUAUCAGCUGGAAGUCAAGAAGAAGAAGAAGACCAGUAAGCUGGCUGUGCAGUUUUUGCUGACCGAAUUGGAAACAGUGGGAAACACGCGCUUCGAGGAAGGUUCCCCGAGCGAUCCCUGGUUUAAUUCCUGCUACGACUUGAUCCUGUCCCGGUUCUGCGCCUGGGACUUCAAAUCGUAUGGCAUUACAGGUGUGAAAGUUAACCGCGUUGUCAGGGUACACAACCGGAUUUUGAGGCUGAAAUUCGAGGAGAAGUUCCAGAACUACUUAGAGGAAGAAGAGUCAAACGAUUCCACAAAUUACAGGAAGAUGCUUGAAUAUCUCUUCUAUGUAUCGGACCCAGAAGUGCCGCUUAAGAAAAACCAGCUGAUCCAAAUCCUGGAGGAAGGCUUCCAGGACAUCCAGAAGGCACCAGGAAGCGAAGAAGCCGUCUUCCUCUCCAACAGCCUCAGUAUCUGCGAAGGCCCCAGGAUCGAACACAUCCAAAGACAAGCCAAGAGCAGAGGGGACUCCGAGGAGCCACUGAGGCCGGGGAAGGUCAUCAUUUCGAAAGUUUUUCUUGGGAACAGAGUGCGGGCUCAAGCAACGGAGCCGAUUGUCCAAGCCAACUUUCCCGGGGCCAAUUCUGUGUACAGACUUCGCGUCCUCCCCCCAAACGCUGCCUCUGCAGCCGGCAAUGGGGCCACGGCUCAGCCGGAGAAACCAAAGGAAGUCUGCGCUUCCCUGGAGUUCAAGAACUGUGACUGCAGCCUCCGGCAGUGCGAGUGGUUUGUAUUCGAUCAUGACUUGGUGUUGCCGGAAUACGUUGUCGAGUUUGAGUUCAUCACGUCGGUCAAAGUGGAGACUCUGUUCUCUUCGCUCAGCAACGUGGUUUCGGAGGAAGGGAGGAGAAACUCGCCAGGCUUCAUUCUGCCCCAGGACCUGCAGUGCGAUGACCAGGUUUUGAACAUGGAGCCUGUCGUGAAGCCAAAGCCCAAAAUAGUUUGCUGGGAUGAGAAAACCAUCUUGGCGGUGGCCAAGGCCAACGUCUACAGUCAGAUAAUGGUUCUGAACUUGCACGGUAACCGGCUGAGCAAGCUACGAGACAUUUCCCGGCUCCUAUCGUUGCGGAAACUGAUCAUCAGUUUCAAUGAAUUCACUUGUCUAGACGAUGUUUAUCACCUGCCAAACCUAGAAUAUUUUGAUGCCAGCCACAACCACGUGAUCACCCUGGAGGGCAUCAGAGGUCUCAACAAACUGAAGCACUUGGAUCUGAGCUGGAAUCAGCUGAAAAAGACCGGGGAAGAAAUUAGUGUUUUGCGGAGACACACGCCCAUGGUGUACAAUUUGAAUAUCAAACAUAACCCAUGGCAUAAGCCAGCUUCUGUGCGGUUGAGUGUGAUCGGCCAGCUGAAGACUCUGACCCAUCUGGACGGGGUCUUGAUUACCGAGGACGAGGCAGCUGCCGCCGCCCGUUUCACAGCAGACUCCAGAAUCUCUCAGAUGACUCUGCUGGAGCAUUCGAGGACAGAUACAGAGACAAUCCGUAUCCUUAGCGUUCUGCCGAAGGCCAAAAUCCUGAGCCAGAUGAGCAAGAAUAAGCUGGACGGAUUCCAGAACAACUGGUUUACCAUGAUCACAGCGUUAGACCUCGACGGGCAACAUCUCAGCAAAAUCAGCAAUUUUGAAAAACUGGAGAAUUUGCGGUGGGCCUCAUUUAGCAAUAAUAACCUCACGAAAAUAGAAGGGCUGGAUUCGUGCCAUAAUCUGGAAGAGCUCACGUUGGACGGGAACUGCAUCUCGAACCUGGAGGGUAUCUCAAAACUCUCCAAAUUGAUGCGGUUUAGUGCCAACAACAACCACCUCACAAGCCUGGAGAGGAGCGUUUUUGAUAACUUGACGCACCUUCACUACCUCUCCCUUGAGAACAACCGGAUCACGUCGCUGGUGGGCUUACAAAAAACCUAUGCCCUCAUUGAACUCUACAUAAGCAACAACUACGUGUCCUCCAAUCAAGAGAUCUACCAACUCAAGGGGCUGAACAACCUGGUCAUCCUGGACACGUCUGGAAACCUGAUCGUUUGGAAGCAAGAUAAUUACCGGCUCUUUGUUAUUUUCCAUAUCCCAUCGCUAAAGGCCUUAGAUGGUGUGGCAGUGGAACAGUCCGAGAUCGAAAACUCAAAAGAUUUAUUCGGCGGCAAGCUGACUUCCGACAUGGUUGUAGAAAGGCUGGGGCACUCUGACUUCAGCAAGAUGCAAGAAUUAAACUGGACAGCCUCUAUGAUCCGAACGGUCGAUCUCAUGCCUCCGGAGCAGUUUAAAAACAUCACCAGUGUGAACCUGCAGAACAACAACCUCACCACUUUUAGCGGUUUGAUCUUCCUCCCGAAUAUCAAGGUGCUCUGCCUAAACUACAAUCACAUCGAGUCGAUCGUCCCCAGGCUAAAGCCCCCGAACCACCUGACCAACCGGCAGCUGCUGUAUCAGAAAGUGACGUCCAGUGGCUACGGGCAGCAAGGGCCUUCCAAAACCAGCAGGGACGUGGGAAUCAGCGAGAGCCUAUCACCAAUCAUGCAGAGUUUGGAAGUCCUGCAUCUGGGCUACAAUGGAAUUGCCAACUUGGCCCUGCUGCAGAUUAGCAGGCUCAAAAACCUGAAGUUCCUCUUCUUACAGGGCAACGACAUCAGCCACAUCGAAGGGCUGGAGGGCCUGCAGCUUCUUCAGGAGUUGGUGCUGGAUCACAAUCGAGUCAAGAUGAUCGGCGAGAACUCCUUCACCAAGCAGAACUCCCUGCUGGCUCUUCACCUGGAGGAGAACCGCCUGCGGGAAGUGAACCAUUUGCAGUCCUUGUCGAAGCUACAGAAGCUUUUCCUCGGUCUUAAUAAAAUCCAGGAUCUAUCAGAACUCGAAAAACUUGACUGUCUUCCUUGCCUUAAAGAACUGUCAAUCUAUGGAAAUCCAGUGUCCCGCAAGAUUUGCCACCGCCCUCUGCUGGUGUUCCGCCUGCCCAGCCUUCAGGUCUUGGAUGGAGUAGUGAUCAGCUCCGAAGAGAGGGGAAGAGCCGAGUUCCAUUUAUUAGAACAGCAAACUGUGCCUCUGCCGAACUCACCGAUCGACUAUAUGUUUCCCGGACUGCAGAGUAUAGCGCCAAAGCCUUGUACCGUGAGGAUAGCCAACCUGAGCCUGCUGGGGGGUGUCACCCAUUUAUACGGGCCGGAGUUUGCCUUUCCUCAGACGUUCGACGAAGCUGCAGGAAGCGAGACGAACAAAUCUAGGAAAUCUAAGAACGCGGGACUAGGAACAACCAAUCCGCGGAGCAUCCAUGCAGAGAUAGCCAUGAGGCAAGCCAAAGGCGCCUCGACAGCUCUCCCGAGCCAUGGGACGUUGCAGGGCGGCCCUUCCCGAACGACCUAA